UUGUAAUCCAAAUUAAUUACAUAUAAAACAAGAAUAAUGAAAUUUUGAACAAGUUUCUAUUCCAGAAUCAUAAUAAGAAUCUAAACAAUUACAAGUAAACAUCAAUUAAUUCAACAACCUAUUUAAUAUUAUUGAAAAUGAAUCACAUUUGGUAGAAAUAUAGCUGCGCUGAGAACAUGAAUAAUGGCAUUCUUUUAAUAAUAUUAUUAAUCUAAUUACUUUAACAAAUGGAAUUUUAUCCAUCGUCAAAAAUAUCCUUUUUAACAUUAACAUUGCGAAUUAAUCAAAGUUCUAAAUGUGUUCGGAGAACAACUUAAACAAUUAAUAUCUAAUCCUGUAUUACAUUUAUUUAAUAGUACUUUAGCAUUCUACUUUACCUUAAAUUAAAUUAGUACUGAUGGCAGCUCCGUUUAAUUUUGUUUGGCAUAAAAAUACAUUUCCUUAUAAGUAUUUAUAUGGUUUACUAGAAGUGUAAUUAUUAGCAGAAUUUUUACAAUUCAAACAAUUGGCACUGCAUACUAAAGGAUUAUUUUAAUGUAUACUUUGAUAUUCAGGCUAUCCAACAUCAAAAUAUUUACUCAGACAUAAACAGAAUCCUGAA